AUGCCCAUUCAUCAAGGUCAUAACAGCCUCGCCCCAAGCCCAAUUGGAGUCACACUGAACAUUCAUUUACCUAAUGCAUCCUCCGCCACUACUCCUACACCAUCAGUUCCUCAAGUCGAUGGUGACAUCAUCGUACUAGAGGUAGCCGGUACAUUCGAUACUUCAACCAAGUCCUCAAAUGCUCUCGCCAUUUCUCCCGAAAUGUAUCAUGAAAUUCUCGCACGACUAGGAUUACUCGAACGACAAGCUACGAUUUCGACCGAUCAAAUUAAAUUGCUCAACGAUCAUCUGCAAGAAGAGAAAGAAAAGGUCAGGCAAAUCUCAAGAGAGAAACAGGAUCUGGAAAUGAAGUUGCAAGUCGAAAGAGAGGAGCAUCAUCUGAUCUCGUUGAGAUUUUUAGAAGACCAAGCAAGGAUUGAUGAACUUCAGAUUAAAUUAGGGGAGUUGGAAUCAAAACAAGAACAAUCUGAUAAAGAUACCAUAGUUGAUAGAUGUCACUUUGAAGAGAUGGAAUCUCGUAUGAUGAAGAAAUUACAACUCAAAAUGAAGACAGAAGAGGAGGAAGGAGACAAAGAAUUGAACAAGAGAUUAUUAUCAAUUAAAAAUGCCACUCAAGAUGCUAUCUCUCAAAUUCGAAAAACUAAAAAAGAUACGAAGAAAGAAGAUGACAGGGCGAAACAAUACUUGAAUUCAAUCAAAGACAGCAAAAAUCAAGCUCUUUCGAUGAUCAGAUUGUCAGGAAAUAUGAUGGAAUCCAGAUUAAAAGAGAAAGAAGAGGAAUUGAAUUUGAUGAUUAAGGAAGGUCACAAAUCACUAGAGUAUCUAAAAAAAGAAAUUUCGCAAGAUUUUCUUCGACAACUUUCUAAUACAUCGUUAUCCAAACCUCCUCCUUCUUCUUCUCCGCCUCCUCAUUCUCGGUUAUUCCCUAUUCGAUUAUCGGGAAAGGCAACCGGUAUUGGACCAAACAAUAAUAAUUACGUUGCACCUACCUCCAAAAAUACCGAACCAUUGUCUAAACCUGUUCAUCCCAGUAAGCAAAAGCCAAUCAGAGUUUUCGUUAAAGACGUCCGUUUGGGGGGGAAAGAGGAAGGGAACAGAAGAAUCGAUUUUGAUACUUAUUUGAGGCAAACUGAACCUCAACAGUCGGAUCAUGAGGAAGACAGUAUUUAG